CCAACGAAACAUCCGGUCCCGCUUCUCGAAGCUCUCCAGAAAGUUCUGCACUGCAACACGGCUAUAAGUACCUCCCACUUUCCCUCCGCACUCUCACAGCAAAGGCGACUCAAAGCUUGGGAGGCAGCAACUGGCAAGACAGUCACCAUGGUUCACGAAACCGGCUACUACGAUCUUCUGGGUGUCAAACCCAGUGCUUCACAGGAUGAAAUCAAAAAAGCCUACCGAAAACUUGCCUUGAAAUAUCAUCCUGACAAGAAUCCAAACGAAGGAGAGAAGUUCAAGCACAUUUCUCAAGCAUAUGAGGUGCUGUCAGAUCCAAAGAAGAGAGACUUGUAUGACCAAGGAGGGGAACAAGCCAUCAAAGAAGGAGGGAUGGGUGGCGGAGGUUCUCCGAUGGAUAUUUUCAAUAUGUUCUUUGGAGGUGGAGGACGAAUGCAGAGGGAGAGAAAAGGGAAGAAUGUGGUUCAUCAGCUUGGUGUCUCACUAGAGGAGAUGUACAAUGGUUCAACAAGAAAGCUCGGACUCCAGAAGAAUGUCAUUUGUGAGAAAUGUGAAGGCUAUGGUGGCAAGAUGGGUGCUUUGGAGAAGUGCACAAACUGCAAAGGAAGAGGAGUGCAAAUCAGGGUACAGCAGGUGGGACCAGGCAUGAUUCAGCAGAUCCAAAGCAUGUGUCCAGACUGCCAGGGACAGGGUGAGAAAUUUAACUCAAAGGAUCGCUGCAAGAACUGCAAUGGGCAGAAAGUAGAACGCAAGAAGAAAAUCCUUGAAGUUCAUAUUGACAAAGGUAUGAAAGACGGUCAGAAAAUUACAUUCCAUGGAGAAGGUGACCAGGAGCCUGGCCUGGAACCUGGGGAUGUCAUCAUUGUGUUAGAUCAGAAGGAUCACCCAGUUUUCCAGAGACAGGACAAUAACCUAAUAAUGAGGAUGAACAUCAAACUCGCCGAGGCACUGUGUGGAUUCCAGAAGACCAUUCAGACUCUAGACAACAGAACGCUUGUUAUCAGCUCACAACCAGGUGAAGUCAUUAAGCACAAUGAUGUCAAAUGUGUUAUGAAUGAGGGCAUGCCACUUCACAGAGAUCCCUAUGAAAGGGGACAGCUUAUUAUUCAGUUCCAGGUGGAGUUCCCAGAGAAAAACUGGCUCCCAGAACAUCUGAUGUUCCAGCUGGAAAGACUUCUUCCGCCCAGAGAUGAUGUGAUGGUCACAGAUGACAUGGAGGAGGUAGAACUUUGCGAGGCCGAUUUGCAGUCACAACAGAAACGCUACAGUGGCGAAGCUUACGAGGAAGACGAUGACAAUCCCAGAGGUGGCGUCCAAUGUCAGACACAGUGAUUGUAGUCCAAGUCUAUAUGUAGAGCAUGUGUGUUUUGUUUUGUAAAUGGAAAGGUUUAACCCAUGCCUCCGGUCCCUUUCAUUAAGUAAUACACUGUAAAUUUGUGACAUCACAUUUAAAACUGUUGCCAAUCCUUUUUUUUUUUUUUUUUUUUUUUUUUUUAUAAAUUAAACUCGGGACACAAACAUGUAAGUGGAGUAGGGUGCACCUAAAGUUGUCAGUGGUUUGUUUGGGUUUUUUGUUUGUUUGUUUUGUGCAUGUUAUGUUCUAUUUAAGUGUGUAUUUUGUUUGUUUUCUGAAAUUAACAGCACAAAUGUCUUCAUAUGAACCUAAAUGAUGACUUGUAUGCUUUCUGUGAAGG